GUACUGUCUUCUAAAAAUUCUAAAGCAAUGUCAGACACUGAGAGAAGCUCUUAUUACCGCAGGGAAAGAAGUUAUAUGGCAUGGGCGGACAAAUGAUGAACCGGCACAUUAUUGUAGCAUUUGUGAGGUGGAGGUUUUUGAUCUUCUUUUUGUCACUAAUGAAAGCAAUUCUCAAAAGACUUACAUAGUACAUUGCCAAGACUGUGCACGAAAAACAAGUGGAACUUUGGAUAAUUUUGUGGUGCUAGAACAAUACAAAAUGGAGGACCUGAUACAAGUCUAUGACCAGUUUACAUUAGCUCCUUCAUUGUCAACAUCCUCUUGAUACUAGACCGUGAAUAUUAAAUGACACCUUUUCUGCUCAUCAGGAAAGGUCUUGCUCCACUGGUUUUAUAGCUGUUCAUAAGACUGCUGACUAAAAGCUAUGUCUAUGCAACCUUCCAAGAAUAGAGUGUCAACCAACUGGAUGUAGGAGAAUACUGCCUCUCCUCCAGGACUCUCACAAAGUUGAUCCGGCUGUAACUAAUCAUAAUGGCAUGUUUUAUGAUAUCUGACAGUAUGUGGCAAUGUCAGACUACUGAUUUGAAGAUAACCUUUUUCUAUAUUUCUGUAUUUCUGGACAGCUAAAUUAGUUUUCCUCUAUAGUUUUCCCUUUCAGAAUUUUUGUGAGGAAAAAUUAAUGUUAUAGCUGGCCAGUCACUUGUUAAGAUGUUUAAUGAAUUUCAAAUCUUUAAUCAACUUUUUUUUAUGUAAAAAAUUAGAUGAGAAAGCUUGGGGGGUUU